AUGUUUGCCCUUUCCGCAUCCCUUCAGGAUGCUAAUGGGACAAACACCGCCACUGGCUUUAGUGAUGCAGCGCUUCAGGCCUUUGCACUUAUGACAAGGGAGCUUGGACGUGUGAUGUCCUACCUGGUUCAGGCUCGCAGACAGGUCUGGCUGGCUCAGUCCACGUUUACUGAGACAUGCUGUAGGACCCUCCGUAAUGUUCCUGUGGUGCCAGGGGAGUUGUUUGGUUCUGUGGCAGUGGAAACCCUGGAACAUACUGUCCAGGCGCAACAAACUAGGCAGCAGCUUUCAGGCCUUAACAGGAGUGUGCYUCCAUCUCCUCGUAACCUKAGGCRUCCAUCAGCUGGCCCCAACCCUCGGCCACCACCUCGGGGUUUCGAUAGACCUGUAGGUCCUUAUCCUCGUGCUGCGCAACGGAGACCCAGCAGGGACUUUCGUGAGCCAGCUCCCCAGCCAACCAGACAGGCCCAGGCCACAGCUUUUGGUUGUUACGCCCCCAGGCCCCCUAGGGGCCGUGGGGAGAGGAAGUGA